CUGAAUACACCGCAGCUGUGUUCAUGUUUCGCCCUGCGCGCUAAUCAAUACCGACCGGCUGUCUAACAUCUUAUUGGUUCAAAUGACAUGGGGCAAUGUCAGCGGACGACAGCCCCUUACUUUCUGUUACACCAAGUGAGGUGCUUUAUAUUAAAGUUACUCGACGCUCAGACGGCUACACGAUCGGCUCAUACAGUAGUGUGACACUGUUAAAUUUGACGAAUGCUGAAGUACACUACGCUCUGGAAUCCAAUGCACCCGAAUUAUAUUAUUUCAACCCACGCUAUGCUUGUGUCAAAGCAGAGCAAGAAUCGAUUGUUGAUGUGUAUUUGUUGUCCUUCGACUUCUACCAUCCGCAAAACCACAAACAUGAGAUAAUCGUUCAAAGCAUGAUAGCGGAGAGCGCGGAACAAGAAGAUUUACGUCAAGUGUGGGAACACGCCAAUGAGGCCAAAAUUAUGAAACACAAAAUAAAGUGCAUCCCCUGGGUGCAUGGGGAACUGGCUGUGGACCCUAGCCACGAUCUCUUGUUUGAAGGUCCAUUCGAUCUUCCUUUUUCCUCCAAAAUCUGCCUAGCUAACCUUUCAGAAUAUAGGGUACGCUUCGAUGCACGAACCUCAUCAACUUGUUUGUCCGUCUUUCCAUGCGAUGGCACCAUAAAUCCAUGCGAAACGAAGGAUUUGAUUGUCAUUCGAAAGCCAUUUAAGUCAACCGAUACCGCUAAGAACACUGACACACUCAUAAUACGGGAAGCCAUGAGCCCUGACGGGUACAAGGUGCUGCAUUUCCAGAAAACGACUACGAUCAAAUGUGUUUACAACACCUUAAAUACAACGUCGUUUGACAACAAUGCUGUUCUUCGCCGUUUCUUGAAUAUGAGCUUGAACAUACUGCGUGCAUUCCAUGAAUUUAUCAGAACUCGUUUUGUAACUUGAAGAAUAUUUGUCUACAUCGAUAAACUGGCGUUCGACACUGGACUUCAACACGAUGAAGAUUCGGGACCGUUUAUUUGAAUGCUACAGGUACUCAGAAUGUUACUUACUCCAGUCGUAACAGUUUGCUUUUUUACUGAUGAUGUUAUAAAAACCAAAGACUGAAAAUGUACCAACUAAAGCACAUCAAGUUUAUAUAGACUUUACAUAAAUCUUUUGCUUGUGAUACUCGCGUCUCCUCGAGUUCCCAUAUAUGAUCAGCAACCUAUGGCUGACAAAGCAGAAACUUUACCAAAUGCAGUUUUUUAACGAAAGUCAAUUUACAAUUUUUUGUGUUGUGUCGUACUAUACAAA